UUUUGCCUAGCACAGCACAGAGUGAGAAGAAGAGGAGAAAGAGCAUUGCAUGGAUUCAAAGCCCGUACUCUUCUUCUUCUUCAUCAUCAAUGGUAGUGCGCAGAACAGUGAGUUCAACGUUUUAUGUGUGUAAUUAAGAAUAUUUGGAAGAUUUGAAUAAUUUUAUAAAUUUUGAGCAUGUUUUUUCAUGUAUAUAUAAUGUAGCUAACGUGUUUGUUGUUAUACGUGACUGGGAAAAUCGAAAAUUGGGGAAAAAGAAAAGCAUUAGAUUGAAGAUAGUAACUAGCACUUCACGGGGACAAUGGAAAGAGGCGGCAGAAACAGUAAGAAAACAUGAUCAAGAAGUGCAUAAUGUUCCUGCCGCGCGCAUACUACUUUUGACCUAUCUGCCCAAAACAAUCAUUACUUUUAGCCUUUACCAGAUGCCCUAAGUUUACAAGAGAAGCAACCUGGAAACUCCUUUGGAGUUGGAUUCUACAAACCAAUGCUACUUUCUCACACAAUGCAUAUAAAAUUAUAGGAGCAGUUUCUUCUAGUGCUACAUCUCUCUAAACAUCAUUACAAAUCUGAUUAUUAAUCAUAAAGGAACCGAAGCUACCUUGAAAGAGCUUAAGCGGCCACCAAAGUUAUUACUACUCCAUAGUACAGAGGAAAAGGGCACACAUUAUUGUGUUGUGCUGUGAAGCAAGCAGUGACUAUGAAGACUCCUUGCUGUGAGAGAAUGGGAAUGAAGAAGGGACCUUGGACUGCAGAGGAAGACCAGAUAUUGGUUUCUCAUAUUCAACGAUAUGGCCAUGGUAACUGGCGUGCCCUUCCUAAACAAGCUGGAUUGUUAAGGUGUGGCAAGAGUUGCAGGCUUCGUUGGAUAAAUUACCUAAGGCCAGAUAUUAAACGAGGGAAAUUCAGCAAGGAAGAAGAAGAUACCAUCCUAAAGCUGCAUGAAAUUCUUGGAAAUAGGUGGUCUGCUAUAGCGACAAGCUUACCCGGAAGAACAGACAACGAAAUAAAGAAUUUUUGGCAUACCCAUUUGAAGAAGAGGAUCCAAAAAAGUGGAGUGCAUAUAAAUGGCAAUGCUUCAUCGCAUAUUUUGCAAGAGGCACAAGCAAAUAGUUCAUCAAGUUCAAGUGCAGUUUCUAGUGCCUAUGGAAAUGUAAUGAUUGACAAUUACGGUUUACCCUCAAGGAAGAAUCCAAUCAAUCCACCUAUUGUAGGUACUGGAUUUUAUGGUGCAGUCCCCUCAGAUACUUUUGGAGAAACUGAGGACAAUCAUGAUUCUUGUCAGAUAAGUGAAGAAAUGGAGUUUUGGUACAAUAUAUUCAUCAAAUCAGGGCAAACAUCACGAGACAAUGAGAAUCUAGGACAUUAGGAUGCAUGAUAUAUAGUUUGUUUAUCAGCUUCGAAGUCAACCUCUGGUUUCAGCUUAAUUGGUGUUUGUGUAAAAAAACUUAAAAUCCUUUUUGAAGGUUCAAAUUGGAAGAUGAAAACUAAAGAUGAAUGAAUAAUUUUUGUUAAUAAAAACUGGAUAA